AUGAUGAACAACCUCCAAAAGGGCGAAGCGCACCCCGUCGUCGUGUACAGCGCCCUCAAGGCCUAUGAGGCCGCCUUCAACGCCGACAAGCAAAAGAUUCUCGACGGAUUCAGGCAGCAACGCAUCGAGAUACGAGAGUCUCAUGACGCGAUUGACAGGGUGCUGAAUAAGCUUCAACGCCUGCAUAAUCGUGUGUAUUACUGGGACGAUAGAAUCGACGAUUGGAUGGCUAAGAUGGACGCCACGCCUGUGCCGGAACGUUUCGACUUUCGCCGGGUUUUGCAGGCGGGGCUUUGGAUGCUUAGCGGCGGCACUGCUGUUCGCUAUUACGUCGUCUUUACUAUCGUUAUCGUCGUAACUAUCGUCGUCGUUACUAUUACCGUCGUGGUUAUGAUUAUCGUCAUUGUUACUAUUGUUAUCGUCGUUACUAUCGUUGUUGUUAUCACUGUCCUCGUCGUCGUUAUCGCUAUUGCUAUUGCUACUAUCGUCUAA